GUUAAUUAACAUCGUAAAACUGUAUUUUCCUGUUUCCAUAGUUAUGGCUACGCUUCGCCUAAACGGUGGACGCUCGCUCCGCGUUGCUCAACCAGUUCCUCGUCGUGCUUUUUGUGUCCGAGCAAUGGCAAGCAAAGAUGUAUUUACGGAGGAAAACAAGGUGUCCAUUCGGAUGGAUGCCUCCGCUAACGGCUGCACGGGGAUGUUCUGGCGCACUAAGCCUGAGAUGAACGCCACCGUGUCAGCUCCGGAUUGGCCCCGGAAUGGCACGGUGUUCAAGGGCUGGCGCAGCGAGGAGCACCCGGGCUGGGUCAGGGUGGACCACCCGAGCGGCUACUGGCUGCCCAUCCAACAGUACGGCAAGGACGUGUGCCACUUCACCAACUGAUGAGGGGUGACCCUGCUGACUUGGUUGCCGUCAUUGCAAGUUUUGUAUCCUGCAUCUGCCUGCAUGGUUGACUAGGCGGCAAGGGGGUCUGACGCGUUGACUAAAUGACGGCCUGGACUGGGAUAACGUAUUGCCUAGGAGCUCUACUGGCGGUGGCUAGACCCACCGGGCUAUCACUAGAUGGGAGGCGCUGCCGCAUGAGGCAGCGUGUGCUUGCGGUGGUGGCUGCCAUUAUGGCCAAUGAACGGAACAACUUUAUCGGCGUCAGGUUCUGUGCUUGUCCGUAACUUGGAACGAGUGAGGUGCUUUGCUUAGGGGUGAAAGGGCACGAGAGUGCGUGGCUUUGUACGGCAGUGCUGCUCGUUCGUACGGUUGAAGGAACGGGGCUAAGCUGGACAUCCGCCUCCUAGGAUGGACAGCUUGCACGACUGCAUCAAGCCUAGGACGAAUGGACUGCAUAGACUGCUGAUGGAUCUGCGGCUGGAGUUCCCUGCUUGCUUUUGGCUCUGGCGUUUGGCUCUAGUAGCUGAUACCCAUGUAAUCCCAUAGCUAACAG